AUGGACGAAGGAUGGCGUACUAUUCUUCCGACCGCCGAUCCUCGACCAGUUAGACCACUGAUUGACCCGAAGGCCCAUCAGCUAAAGGGAACUGUGGUGUCGGAACAAGGCCCGCAUGAGAAAAAGUUGCUAAACGCUUUACUAGCUUCAUACAACACACUUGAACGACCAGUCGCCAAUGAGAGCGAACCCCUCGAAGUUAAGUUCGGCCUCACGUUACAACAGAUCAUAGACGUGGAUGAGAAAAACCAAAUCCUGACGACGAACGUCUGGCUUAACUUGGACGAGAAGAAUCAACUACUUAUAACAAAUAUAUGGCUGUCAUUGGAAUGGAAUGACUACAACUUAAGAUGGAAUGACAGCGAAUACGGCGGAGUGAAAGACCUGAGAAUAACGCCGAAUAAAUUGUGGAAACCGGAUGUACUCAUGUAUAACAGUGCUGACGAGGGUUUUGACGGGACGUACCAGACGAAUGUGGUGGUCAGAAACAACGGCAGUUGCCUGUACGUGCCCCCGGGCAUUUUCAAGAGCACAUGCAAGAUAGACAUCACCUGGUUUCCCUUCGACGACCAACACUGUGACAUGAAGUUUGGUAGCUGGACUUACGAUGGCAACCAGUUGGAUCUGGUGCUAAAGGACGAAUCUGGAGGUGACCUUUCAGACUUCAUCACAAACGGAGAAUGGUAUUUAAUAGGGAUGCCUGGAAAAAAGAACACAAUAACAUACGCAUGUUGCCCAGAACCAUAUGUAGAUGUGACGUUUACAAUAAUGAUAAGAAGAAGGACUUUAUACUACUUCUUCAAUUUAAUAGUACCGUGUGUUCUUAUAUCUUCAAUGGCUCUUCUGGGCUUCACAUUACCACCAGAUUCAGGAGAAAAAUUAACACUCGGUGUGACGAUAUUGUUGUCGUUGACUGUAUUUCUGAACCUGGUUGCUGAAAAGAUGCCUAUAACUUCAGACGCGGUUCCUGUCAUUGGAGUCACUAUUCUUCUAUCGCUGACGGUGUUUCUCAACCUGGUUGCUGAGACCCUGCCGCAAGUUUCCGACGCAAUUCCCCUGUUAGGGACGUACUUCAAUUGCAUCAUGUUCAUGGUGGCUUCGUCAGUAGUUCUGACUGUAGUAGUUUUAAACUACCACCAUCGAACUGCUGAUAUCCACGAAAUGCCACAAUGGAUAAAAACUGUGUUCCUACAAUGGCUGCCAUGGAUCUUGCGAAUGUCGAGACCAGGGAAAAAAAUAACUAGAAAAACAAUAAUGAUGUCUAAUCGGAUGCGAGAAUUAGAACUAAAGGAGCGUUCUUCCAAAUCUCUCUUAGCUAAUGUAUUAGAUAUAGAUGAUGACUUUAGACAUGUGCCUCAACCGCCGAACAGUACUGCUUCGACGGGCAACUUAGGACCCGGCUGUUCAAUAUUUAGAACGGAUUUCCGUCGAUCGUUCGUGAGGCCGUCAACGAUGGAAGACGUGGGGGGUGGUCUGAGCGGCCAUCACCGUGAAUUGCACCUCAUUCUGAGAGAACUGCAGUUCAUUACCGCACGAAUGAAGAAAGCUGAUGAAGAGGCGGAGCUGAUAAGUGACUGGAAAUUUGCUGCGAUGGUUGUUGAUAGGUUCUGUCUGUUCGUGUUCACACUAUUCACAAUCAUCGCGACAGUCGCCGUACUCCUGUCAGCUCCUCAUAUCAUCGUUCAAUAA